AUGGUAGGUUCAAUAGGAUUCGGCGCACUCCCGCCCCGGCCCGCGAAAUCCGUGACGUCAUUGGCCUUGCGGCAGUUGGACGAGGAAAACCCCACGAACGCGGCCCGUGCCAGGCGGAAUGGCCAUCGAGGAGGACCGACUUUGGCACCGCAUGUGAACGUCUCGCCUUUACAUGCGGCUCUCCUCCCCCCCUCGAGCUUAGCAUCCGUUGGCGCAAUCCGCAAUGGCGCAGAAGUAAGCUCCUUCCAACUGCCCGUUGCACCUGCUACCCCCCAGCUCGUUCCACCGCCUGUUACUGCGUUUACUGGGAAGGCGGGCAAACGCAUCCUGGUUGAGGUGUCGGACGGAGAUGACACCAGAUCCGGCGAGGUGGAUAGGGUAACGACCCUGGUCAUGCACAAGCGCGUCCGGAGGACCGCAGACGCCGGUGGUUUCGGUGUUGGCGUUGAGGAGGCCACAAUGCGUGAAACCGCCAUCCCCAUACAUGUGGAAGAGCUUGACGGUGCGAUUGCAAGCCACGAACCAGCGCAUGGGGCGCGGAGCACUCACGCUCAUGGCACUGACGUCCACGACGACCUUGAGGCACUCAGCGAUGGCAGUGACCUCACGGACUUGGAUGAGCUGGAGGAGUGA